GCCGCCCGUGCGCGUUCUCGGCUUCUCGGCCGCAUCAAUUUUUUUUUGGACUUUGACACCCAUUCCCGUCGUCGCCGCCGUCGCCGUCGUCACGAUUAUGGUUGUCCGGACGAACAGCGUACGAAACGAUAUGCAAUCGUCAAACGACGGUACGAUGUUUCGAUUACAAUGUCUCUAAGUGACAUUUGUCUAAUGUAUCUCUUAUUGUUUAAUUCUUAAUACCCGUUUUUUUCCCCGUUUUUUUUUCAAUUUUUUUUUUUGUUUUAUUAUAAUUUUUUACAUUUUUUUUUUUUAUUUUAUACGUACCGUAUUAAUUUUCUUUAUUUUAAUUUAAUUUUAAAUUAAACUACCUACUUUUAAUAAACAUUUUUUACUCGUACUUAGUAUUCUAAAUCCGCUUUAGCUCGUAUACAAUAAUUAUAUAACUCGCAAAAACUACCAUCGUUGUCGCCUUACGUUUAAAUAUUAUUAUAAUAUUGUAUACGUAUCUUGUACACACGGGUGGAUUUCGAUUCGUCGUGAAGUAAAAGAAAAGUCACAAUAUUGCUCGUUCGUAUUCCAAAAUCACAAUCUCAAAAUUCAGAAGAAAAAUGUCAACCACCGUUGAUACGUCUCGUAGUUGUGCCUAAAUUUUUUUCCCGAACAAUCUACUCCUAGUAUCCUGAGGAUUCUUCGUUAGAAUUUUUUCCUGGUUACUUGGACAUCAAUUAAUUUACUAAACAUGAAAGAUAAACCGAAUUCAACUCGCAUUUAUGACGAGGAUGGAUUUCGCAGGCGAGCUGCUUGUAUAUGUGUGCGCAAUGAUUCCGACGAGGUGUUGUUGGUGACUUCAUCUAGUAGACCUGAACAAUGGAUUGUACCUGGUGGUGGUAUUGAACCUGAAGAAGAACCAAGUGCUACUGCUCUAAGGGAAGUAGUCGAAGAAGCUGGUGUUGUUGGCAGAUUACACAGAAGACUUGGUACAUUUGAAGAUAGGACUCAUAUCAGACGGCAUAGAACAGAUGUGUUUGUUAUGAUUGUAACAGAAGAACUAGCUGAAUGGGAAGACUCUUUGGGCAUAGGUCGAAAACGCAAAUGGUUUAAAUUAGAAGAUGCACUGAAUAUGCUACGUCUACACAAACCUACUCAACACACGUACCUGGAAAGUUUUGCUCUCAAUAAACAAAAAGCAAACAUCUGAAAAAAUCAUUCUUUUAAUAAAUUAUUUGCUCCGAAUGGAAAAAAAUUACCCCCUAAAAUGUUUAAAUUAAAAAAUAAUAUCAAUUUGCUAAUAGUUUUUAGUCUUAAGUCAAUGAAUUCAAUUUUAUGUUUAAUAUCAAAUUAAGUUCAUUUACUUUUAGAUAUAAGGGAUAAAGAUUUUUUUUAUUAUCAUUAUUAUAAUUUUUUUUAAUAUUGCAGAAUAUGUAACGCUUAAAAAACAAACAUAAUAAAAAAUCACUGAACUGAAUAAUAAUUUAUAAAACUUUUCUUAUUACAUGUGUAUAUACAAUAUGUUAUAAUAAUAUAUCUUGUACGCACGGCUUCAGUGUUUAUGUUACUUACUAAUUGUAUAAACAUUUGACAGACUGCCAAUAGCUUAGUGGAUUAAACUGCUGAGUUAUAUAAAUUAAAUUAGUUUGUACAUUUUCAAUGUUAAAACUCAUUUAAAAUUUUUUUUUUUCAUUUGUAACCAUGAUGUUUGUAACGCCCGCCCUUAAAUUUUUUUUGGUUUGAGGGGAAAAAAUACAUUUGAA